CACGAGACUACACGUGUUAAAACGUUAUAUUCAACUUCUGGUUCUCAGUUCUUCCUCUGUAAGAUGAGGACAAAUCCUGUCCAGCUUAACUCAGAGGGCCGUGGCUGCGGUUUUGUAAGAGAAGACCACAUGGCAAAAAUCUUACUCACAAGGCAAGUAAGGAUUCCCCUCUUGGCAGAUGAGGCCCGGGAAGUUCGCGCUUCUCGGUUUGUGGGCUGAGCGCCUCAAGGGAGGGGCUCUCGUAGUACUAGUCACAGCUACUUAUUUGGGACAGGGAAGGACAGGGAGCGAUAGGUACAGGAAGCGUUCGAGAGAGAAAGGGCGGCAGACGCAGAUGCACUGACGUGCCAGAGCCGGGCCCUUUUACAGGACGAGAACUUAUCGCGCCCCACCCCCAACGUCUCAAAGCCACCAAUCAGCGAGCGGGCCACUCCGUGACGCUCUCUUCCCGCGACGAAGCCGGCGGCGAUUCCUGGUGGCCGCCCGGGCGCCGAGGCGAUGAGCAGCCGGGAGGUGCUGGGUCAGGCGGCCCGGCUGGCCUCCUCCGGUCUCCUCACGCAGGUGUUGUUUCGAUUGAUCACCUUUGUCUUAAAUGCAUUUAUUCUUCGCUUCCUAUCAAAGGAAAUUGUUGGCAUAGUGAAUGUAAGGCUAACACUGCUUUACUCCACCACCAUCUUCCUGGCCAGAGAGGCAUUCCGCAAAGCAUGUCUGAGUGGAGGCGCCCAGCGAGACUGGAGCCAGACCUCCAACCUCCUGUGGCUCACAGUCCCGCUGGGUGUGUUUUGGUCCCUGUUCCUGGGCUGGGUCUGGUUACAGCUGCUUGAAGUGCCUGAUCCUAAUGUCGUCCCCCAUUAUGGAACUGGAGUGGUGCUGUUUGGUCUCUCUGCAGUGGUGGAACUUCUGGGAGAGCCCUUCUGGGUCUUGGCACAAGCACAUAUGUUUGUCAAGCUCAAGGUGAUCGCUGAGAGCCUGUCAGUAAUCCUCAAGAGUGUCCUGACAGCCUGCCUCGUGCUGUGCUUGCCUCACUGGGGACUAUACAUUUUCUCUUUGGCCCAGCUUUUCUAUACCACAGUUCUGGUGCUCUGCUAUGUUAUUUAUUUCAUGAAAUUACUGGGUUCCUCAGAAUCCACCAAGCAACAAACUCUUCCUAUCUCCAGAAUGACAGAUCUGUUGCCCAGUAUUACAGGAAGUGGAGCUUUUGUGAAUUGGAAAGAGGCCAGAUUGACUUGGAGUUUUUUCAAACAGUCUUUCUUGAAACAGAUUUUGACAGAAGGAGAGCGAUACGUGAUGACAUUUUUGAAUGUGUUAAAUUUUGGAGAUCAGGGUGUAUAUGAUAUAGUGAAUAAUCUUGGCUCCCUUGUGGCCAGGUUGAUAUUCCAGCCAAUAGAGGAGAGUUUUUAUGUAUUCUUUGCUAAGGUGCUGGAGAGGGAAAAGGGCGCCGCGCUUCAGAAGCAGGAAGACCUUGCUGUGGCUGCCAUCGUUUUGGAGUCCCUGCUCAAGCUGGCCCUUCUGGCCGGCCUGACCAUCACCGUGUUUGGCUUUGCCUAUUCUCAGCUGGCUUUGGACAUCUAUGGAGGGGCCAUGCUUAGCUCAGGAUCAGGUCCUGUUUUGCUGCGUUCCUAUUGUCUCUAUGUCCUUCUGCUUGCCAUCAAUGGAGUGACCGAAUGUUUCACAUUUGCUGCCAUGAGCAAAAAGGAGGUCGACAGGUACAAUUUCACAAUGCUGGCUCUGUCAUCCUCUUUCCUGGUGUUCUCCUAUCUCCUGACCUGUUGGUGUGGUAAUGUGGGCUUCAUCUUGGCCAACUGCCUUAACAUGGGCAUUCGGAUCACAAAGAGCCUCUGCUUCAUCCACCGCUAUUACCGAGACAGCCCCUACAGGCCUCUGGCUGGCCUGUACCUGUCGCCAGUCCUCCUUGGUGCAUUUGCCCUCAGUGGUGGCAUUACUGGUGUUUCAGAGGUGUUCCUCUGCUGUGAGCAGGGCUGGCCAGCCAGGCUGGCACACAUUGCUGUGGGGGCCUUCUGUUUGGGAGUGACUCUUGGGAUGGCAUUCUUCACGGAGACCAAGCUGAUCCACUUUCUUAGGACUCAGUUAGGUGUGUCUAGACCCACCGACAAAACAAUGUGAUGUCGAGGAUACGUGGAUGCCUAUGGUGCCUGGACCAGUUGUGGGGCACCUUUUUGGGCAGAACAGGUUAUCUGCACAGAAGAGCCCUGCUGAGGGGUCUGCAGAGGAGUGAGACCAACCCAAGCCAAGUGAGAUAUCCAAGGGAACCACUGGCUAAAACUGUACUAUCCAUUGGAAGUCUUACACACAAGUGAGGAUUCUUAUUUUUAAAUUAAGAACAAAAGACCCUUUUAAAGAUACAGUAAUCUUUUUUAUCAACAUUUUUCUUUUUUAUUAACGAGUUAAUUCCUUUCGGGUGUGAUUAACUUUUGGAACUAUGGGCUCCAACAAACUGUCUGAGAUGUUAAUGGUUAGUAAUCAUCUGGCCCAGAAAACAAGAUGUAGCCAUUUUACCCUUGGUGGAAUACUUUAUCCUAUUACUUAAAAGAAGGAAGGAGACCUGAGGCUCUUCGCAGAGCAAGAACGCAGCAUGGCCCUGAAGUGUGGCUUCCCCCGUGUCAGUGCUGUGGUCUGGGCUUUUAGAGAUAGAAAAAUGCUUCUCAGUGAGAAAUCCAAGAAAUGAAAAGGUGAAGUUUGCAGCUCACAUUUCCCGGAGUUAACUCACGAGAAUCAAGCCUGGCGCGUUCACUGCUGUGUCCCCAGGCCAGCACAGCGCCUUACCCACAAGGGCCUCAGCUUUUGUAGAUUGAAGGGUGGGUGAAAGUGGCUGAAGACCCCUGAACCGGCCAUCCAAAAGAGGGGGGUUUUGAAGGAUAUUGUGAUCCAGAGUGAGUUAUUUUGUCCCCCGAAGGGAAUGGUGCUUUGCAACUGGGCAUACCUUUUCACAUGGAAGUUGCACGGAUGACAACUAAAGUUGAAUAGUUGGAUCUUCUUUUCUAACCAGAAUGAAAUACUCCAGGUCAAUUCUGUACAGCAAAUAUUACUGAGUCAGGUGCCUCCCACUGACCUAUUGCUUCCAGCAUUCGUUGAUACAAUCGAAUCCUAGCCCUAGGACAAGCAUGGCAGACCUGGGGGUCUGGCCGUCUAGGCUGUGGUGUGAGCCCAGGCUAAACCUUCCCUCCCUGGCCCUUCAGGCUGCGGUGUGAGCCCAGGCUAAGCCUCCCCUCCCUGGCCCUCCAGGCUGUGGUGUGAGCCCAGGCUAAGCCUCCCCUCCCUGGCCCUCCAGGCUGCGGUGUGAGCCCAGGCUAAGCCUCCCCUCCCUGGCCCUCCAGGCUGCGGUGUGAGCCCAGGCUAAGCCUCCCCUCCCUGGCCCUCCAGGCUGCGGUGUGAGCCCAGGCUAAGUCUCACCUCCCUGCACCUUGCAGUUGAGCUCACUGAGCAUUGUUCCAGGGCAGUAAAGUGUCCUUCUGUUUUAUUAAUGUGUUAAUUCCUUUUGAAUGUGAUUAACCUUUGGCGUUAGGUGCACAAACUAUAUCUUGGAUGCUAAUACUGUAGUUAAUAAUCAAGUGGCCCGGUGUCACCGUACCCUCCGUGUUUACACCUAGAAAGCAGGUUGUUCAUCUGGGCCAGUAAGGGUAACUUGUUCCAGGCUGUGCUUUAUUAAAAUGCAUUCAUUUAGAUAUCCAGUAGCCCAGAGCCCAGGCUGAGGGACAAAGGAUCUAGACACAUCAGCGCACCAAGACUGGGGCUUGUCUGUUUAUCUAUUCAGAGGGAGGAUGCUUUGGACUAACUAACUGGGGGAAAAACAGGUACCACUGAGCAGUUGGAGGCUGUCUUAGUCACCUAGUGCUGCUAUAACACAAAUACCACAAGUGGAUGGCUUUAACAAAGAGAAAUGUAUUCUCUCACAGUUUAGGAGGCUAGAAGUCCAAAUUCAGGGUCCCAGCUCUGUUGGUUCUGGAGGAAGAUCCUUGUCACCAAUCUUCCCCUGGUUGAGGAGCUUCUCAGUGCAGGGACCCAGGGUCCAAAGGAUGCCCUGUGCUCCUGGUGCUUCUUUCUUGGUGGUAUGCGGUCCCCAUGUCUCUCUGCUAGCUUCUUUCUUUUAUAUCUCAAAAGCGAUUGGCUUAAGACACAACCUAAUCUUAUAGAUUGAGUCCUGCCUCGUUAACAUAACUUCCUCUAAUUCUGCCUCAUUAACGUCAUAGGUAGGAUUUACAACACGUAGAAAAUCACAUCAGAUGACAAAAUGGUGGACAAUCACACAAUACUGGGAAUCAUGGCCUAGCCAAGUUAACACACAUUUUUGGGGGACACAAUCCAAUCCAUAACAGAGACCCUCCAAAAGCAUGGUCUCAGUCAUGCUUCUGUAGGGCAGGGGCAUGCGGGCCAAGAAAAACUGAUUGCCUCUGGGUAGGUGGCACACACAGUGGCAGCCCUUGGUCCCUCCCAUGUCUGCUCUGUUCCCUAAGUGCACAGAAGUGGGCACUUGGCCCUCACGAGCCCCUCCUCUACUGCUAUUGACCACUCUCCCCACCGCUGGAAAUCUACCACCCACCCCAUACCCACUUGACCCCAAACUCAAAACGUGGUCCUCAGGCUGCCUGCCUCAGAGUCACCUGAAUUACAGCUUAGAAAUGUAGGUUCCCAGCACCACUCCAGACCUCAGAGUCGGCGUCUCCGUGGGCAGGGCUCUGGGAUCAGCUUUUUGGCAAGCCCACAUGACCAUGACAUGGCCAAGGUUAGAGAAGCACUGUCACACCCUGCCAUCCUGUGCAGUGUCAGGGCUCAGGCAUGCACAUGCUCACCAGGUCCGUUUUCUGCUCCCGGAAGACAGCUGCCCUUGCAGGGCCGCAUUCCUGCCUUCUUAGCUGCUUUGCAAGCAGAGCCACCAACGUCCCGUGCAACGGAGGGAGACUCUGCGGCUGACAGCGUGCCCUCAUUUUCUCACUGCUGUGUGGUCCACCUGGCACUGCUGUUAGCACAGGGCUGCUGCAGUCAAGGCCAGCUCCUCUGCAGCCUUGGAAGCUGGCCAGCUGGGACAGCAGCCCAAGACUCCUUCUGUGUCCUGCUUCCCUGCUUAUAGGAAGAGUGCUUCCCGUGGCUGAGUGUUAUCUGGGAGCAGGUAUUUUCCCAUUACUAACGUCUGCCUCCUGGGCCCGUGGCACUCUAGCAGCAAGCCCUUUACAGUUCUCAGAGGCCGUACCCUGAAGCUCACUUCACUGGACCUGACCACCGCUUCUGCGGUGGCUCCUGCACCCACCCCCCGGAGCUCACCUGUCACCUCAGGACGCUUGCAUACAUGUGUGCCAGGCUGCCUCACUUUACCCAAGAAGAUUUUGGGGGAAAAUCACACCUUUGUCUUCAAAUACCACCUAAAGUCUAAUGGGGCUACUUCCCCAUGGAAACCAAUCUCUAAGACAGGUUCUUUGAUGAAACAAAGAUGCCUUUGGUGGUGAGAAUAACAGCAUUGCUGACUUUCGUGCUCCUCUGGCCGCACCCGUGUUGGUGACCUGAGACAGCCCAGUGGUCCCUCAGUAAGGGGAAGAUGCUGCACUCUUUGGUGCUCACUGAAUGGCAACUCAGCUUUGGAGGUGCUGAUGCUUCUGCCUCUCACUACCUCAGUUAAGCCAGGCAUUUCCUUUUUCCUCUCCUUUUUCAUGUUGCUACUUUCAGUUCAAUUCCCUGGUUUUAAAAUGAAUAAAUUAUUUUCUUCAUGUUUUUGUAUGAAUCUUUCUUCUUUUAUACCCCCUCCCUCAAAAAAAAAAAAAAAAAAAAAAAACUCCUGAGAUUUAUAAGGAAGGUGGGCGAAUAGCUUGAGUGUAGAACCGUUUGAGUACAACAGAUCGCUUGAGUAUGUGAUUACUGACUUUGAAAGAGAAGGCCAGUUUCUGACCUCUGCAGGGAGCCUCCUGCUUGUGAGAUUGGAAGGCCUGGCAUCUUACUCCCCUCUUUCCCCUUCACCCCUGAGGAGGGUCUCCCACUGCUUUUUGUACUUGCCUGUCAUUUCUGUCUGAGCCGCUCCUCUCUUACUCAUUUAUUUAGUAAGCAACCAUUCUUUGACAGGCCAGAACUAGCUUCAGGGGCCGGUAGGGCAAGGGUUGGCCUAGGCAACAUGAGUUUAGGGGGUCCAGGGCAGUCCUUCCAUCCUUACAUCUUCCUCAGCUUAAAUUUCCUUUCUGUGGGAUCAAAAGCUGUUCUUCUCUAAGUGGAGAGGAGCCUGGAAAUUCAGACCCCCAGAGAAGGACUCCAUGACUCAUUCACACCACAAUGUAAAAAAAAACACUGGGGAGUCUUUUCUGAGCAACUUUUGAUAUUGAGAAAGAGAGGGGAGCCGGGAGCAUCCAGGACCUGAAGUGGGGGCUCAGGUGAGAGGCUGCACAGGCCCAAAAGCUGGGGAGCUCUGAGUACUGCCAAGUGGCCUCUGGGAUGGAUGGAAUUCAGUUACAUGGAGGAAAUAGGAAGUGAACAGUCUGGGAAGGGCCAUGACUGAAAACAAGCCAUGAUUGAUGGCGGGGCAGGAACCCAAGAAGAGAAAGA